AUGUAUGCGCCUUACGGGUCCUCAGGCGAACAGGGCUCUCGCGGUGGACGCGGCCGAGGGCGAGGCAGAGGACAGUAUUACCGUGAGAAAUACGGCGGCAGAGGCGGCGGUCCUUCGAACGCCAGAGGGGGGCCACAAGAUGACAGGCCGGAAAGCUCAGUAUCGGCGGCGGUGAACAAUAGCAAUAAUGGGCAGGCUUUGGCACAGCACUUGCGCUCCUUGGACCGAGCGCCGUAUGGGGCAUACAAGGACGUGCGAGGCUCUUAUUUGUUCGAGAGCGGGUUGACGCUCUUUGUAGACCAUGUCCAAUCGGACCCCUUCGCCCCUCCGUCAAAAAUCAGAGUCCGGCUUCCUCAACAAGUGGCUCGCUUUCCUCCGGAACUCUUUGGAACCCGGAUCCGCCGUGUAGCGUUGGAGGACUACAUCACUCGCAGGACUACAUCUCUUAUACGGCAACAGGAGCUGAGCACCCCAAACGCAAGUGGUGGAAACUGGCAUGGAACCAGGGCAGACAUUCGGAUCGAUAUACCCGGUCAGCAGGUCAUCGAACGUUCUUCUUGCACUGUCACUGCCGAGUAUGUAGAAGUGCGGAUCACCGUAGGACUCCCCGCUCAGGGCAGGUCCAUUAUGGGACAUCAGGCUGCGGAACUGCUGACAGUGACGAUCCCCAACCUUGCGGAUCGGAGCGUGCGCUUCACGGCAUUGGACGCGAACGAUAUUAGCAAUUUUGUGGGAUGCGUCGAGGACCAGGGAAACCUAAGGCGGCAGAUUGUGGCGGCAGGGCUCAUCGCCUUUGUGGUCGAUGGAGCGGUUUUGCCGCGCGAGAGCGGCGCCUCAGAUCUACCUAUGCGAUCGCAGAACGUCGUGGCUUUCCGAUCUCCUCCGUCUUUGAUCCGAUCGUUCACGCUACCAAACAGAGGAGUUGUCAAGGGGAUGGGUAUCCCGAAGGGGAUAACACUUAUCGUUGGGGGCGGCUUCCAUGGAAAAUCCACAUUGCUCGAUGCGCUACAGAAUGGUGUUUACAACCACAUCCCUGGGGACGGGCGGGAAUUCGUGGUGACAGAUGACACUGUGAGCAAGAUCAAAGCGGAGGAUGGGAGGAGCGUGACAUCCGUAGAUAUCUCACCAUUCAUCAACAAUUUGCCAUUUGAAUCCGACACGAGUUGCUGGAGUAGCGAGGCUGCAUCGGGCUCGACUAGCAUGGCCGCCAAUUUGCAAGAGGCUUUGGAGACAGGGUCCCGCGGCGUUUUGCUGGACGAGGAUUCAUGCGCCACGAACUUCCUCAUCCGAGAUCAGCGCAUGUCUCGCUUGGUGACGAGGGAGAAAGAGCCCAUCACCCCUUUCAUCAGCAAGAUUCGAUCGCUGUACCUGGAGAAACACUGUUCCUCCAUACUCGUCAUCGGAGGUUGUGGGAGCUAUAUAGAUGUCGCCGACCUGGUCAUUUCGCUGGACAGCUACGUGCCCAAGGAUGUCACCAGUGAAGCGCGGCAUAUUGCGGCUAGCUUACCGGACGACUCCUUCCACUAUUCAGUGCCAACGAUACCCGGCAAUCUCGAACAACUCUCCAGCAACAGCAGCACUCCGCGCCCGCGCAAAUCCAAAGCACUGAACACAUUCCUCAUCAGCAUCGACGGCGUAGAUGUGGAUCUCUCGGCCCUUGAGCAGCUUGUUCACCCAUCGCAGUCCAGGGCGAUUGUAACGGCGAUGUUGCAUAUUCGUAGCAAGCCGUCCUCGAAGCUUACCUUAAACGAGUGGAUGGAUGCGAUCGAGGCUGAGUGGGACGCGAAUGGCUUGCCUUGCUUAUCGGACUGGAUCACCGGCGAUUUGGCGAGACCGAGGCGAUUCGAGUUGGCUGGCGCUAUCAACCGCUUGCGAGGGGUCGCGAUUCAGCAGACACGCUGA